AUGUUACUAUUUUUUAUUUUCUUUCCAAUCGUAGCAACAAUUUGGUUAUUGGGGGCCUUUCACUUUGACCUUUCUCUUCUUUUUCUUUUCACCAAAAAGGCAAAAUCUUCUUUUAAUUAUUCUCACGACUUUGAAUGGUAUACUUAAUUAGAAUGUGCUUUCUUCAACCUUGCUCCAUAUAGUACGGGAUUGGGCUCUAUAUAAAUGGAAUUAAACCCAAGUCCAUCUCAUUCUAUUCCAAAUAUCACUAAAACUGUCAUCAAGUGAGGCUUUUGGAGUUGGAAACUGUGCAGCUAUGGCAACACACGGGCUUUUAGUAGCAUCACUUGUUCUUUGCAGCAUAGCCGGAACUUGUUAUGGGAGCGUUCUCUUCUCUUCCUUGAAAAGAACUCUUGAUGUCACCGCUUCCCCAAAGCAGGGACAAGUUCUGAGAGCUGGCGUAGAUAAAAUCACUGUGACAUGGGCUCUAAACAAGACCGUACCAGCUGGUACUGACUCCACCUACAAAACCAUCGAGGUGAAGCUAUGCUACGCGCCCGUGAGCCAACACGACCGCGCUUGGAGAAAGACCGAGGACAACCUCUCUAGAGACAAGACUUGCCAGUACAAGAUCGUUGCCAGACCCUACGAUGCUCUCAACAAAACGGUUCAAGGCUUCGGGUGGGUGAUUGAGAGAGACGUGCCCACUGCCACGUUCUUCGUACGCGCAUACGCGCACGAUUCCAACGACGUGGAAAUGGGUUAUGGCCAAACCACCGAUGCAAAGAAGACUACCAACUUCUUCCAGAUUCACUCAAUCAGUGGACGCCACGCGUCCCUGGAUAUCUGCUCCGUUUGCUUCAGCGUUUUCUCGGUGGUGUCCCUCUUCGUGUUCUUCUACAUUGAGAAGAGAAAGGGAAAAGCUUCUUCCACGCAGAACAAGUGAGUGCGUGACAUGGCAUAGAAAGGUUGACAUAUAACAAAACAACGUAGCAAUGGCAUUCGCGGGUUUACUAUUUAUAGUGUUUCCAGUUAGGUAAAAGUUCAAGGACAUUUUGUAUUGUUUCGUGACUUGGAUGCUAUGGCAUCACUAUAAACCAAGUAGCUGAAAAAAUGCACAAGUCUAGUAUGUUGUUCAUGAGAGGAAUCUAUCUUAUAAUAGAGAAAUGUUAAGAGAUGACGGAAGAAAAAGAAUGAUGUGGACUUUGGUUGUUUCAACUCCGAACAGCGUCAGCAUUGUAGUAAUAUGUUGUAAUUGUAAAAUUCCAAUGAAUGUCACUGCUUGCUUUAGGUUCUUUACUUCUCCGUGAUAAAUGACGAAAUAACUCCUCAUCUUUAUUUUUACAAUUUUUUU